UCUUAGAUGAAUGAUCUAGCCAAAUAUAUUAUUAAUAGUUUCAAUAAAGAGUGUUCUAACAAGAAAUAUAUUUUACUAAUUGAAAAGGUAUGAAUGAGAAUGAAUCCCUCCCAACCUCCUCCUGCUCUUCUCUGAUGUAGAAUAAUGGCCAUUAUGACCAUUUUUGUUGGGCUCCUGCAGUGGAGUGGCCCUUUGUGAUUGGCUGACAUGAAUCACUAACUCAUAACCUGCUGGUUUCAUUUUUUUGUUAGUAGGUUUUGCUAAAGAAUCUGCUCCUGCUGUAGAUGAGAAAAAGGCUGUUUCAAUUAUGAUAACUCUCAGCUUCCUAAAAUUGCCAGAUAUUAGUUCCUGGACAUUGCUUUUAACAGUUUAUCCCCAAGUUAUGCCAUCUGUUUGUGUUUUGGUUACUUUCUCAUGUUAUUUCACUUUUAAUUAGAAAGAUAAUAAACUGUUAUCUAAACCUGAGACUUACUUUUCUUUUCAUGUUCUUCCUUGUUGGAAAGAUGUUAAUGCAAUCUGAUGACUGGCUUGGUGACUUUGAACAACCACUGAGGGGCUUUAAGUGGCGACAAGGCUCAAGGCGUGAGACAACAGGUGUCCUCAUAUGGAGUGAACCUUUCUUGAUCAAAAGGCGAUCAGGAGAAGAGAUUGCUGUGAUUCUGAUGGACACUCAAGGAACAUUUGAUACACAGUCAUCAAUGAAGGAUUCCACUACUGUUUUUGCCCUUACAACAAUGGUGUCCUCUGUAUUAGUAUACAAUCUGAUGAACAAUAUACAAGAAGAUGACUUGAUGAACCUCCAGCUCUUCACAUCGUAUGGGAUGCUGGCUCAAGAAGAUUGUGACAGUGCUCAUCCAUUUCAGGUGGGAUUUAUAAGUAGUGAUUAUAGCGAUUAUAGAAUUUGGUGUGAAUUACUCUUGUUUUUUUUUUAUCUUUUUGUUAAUUAUUAAACAUUUGAUUAGCUU